AUGUCUACUGAACUAUAUGCAUGGCUAGAUGAAUAUAAUGACAGUCAUAUAAAUCCAAUCAAUAUCCUCAUUCAUAAAGUAGCUGUACCAGUCAUCUUAUUUACAGUAGUCGGAUUUUUAUGGGCUUUACCCAUUCCAUCAGGUCGAUUUCGUCAUUUGUUAAGUGUUGGAAAAGUUGGUUUGGUCAACAUGGCAGCACUAGCAAUAAUAGGUCUAUUAGCAUUUUAUUUUCGUCUAUCAACUAAAAUAGGUAUGGGUAUGGCACUUGUGUUUGUUGUUAUGAUGGGAAUUUUAACAAACAUGGAAUUAAAGAAUGUUAAAAUAUUUCGUUUAUGCAUAAUUUUAUUCAUAGUAGCCUGGAUAUUUCAAUUCAUCGGACAUGAAAUUGAAGGAAAAAAGCCGGCAUUCUUCAAAGAUUUACAAUUUCUAUUGAUUGGACCAAUUUGGACGUUGGCGGGUUUGUAUCGUACAGUGGGCAUUAAAUAUUAA